GCUCACAUCACUGUAGUCUGUACCUAAAGCGUUUAACCGGUCAAAUCUGUAACACCAACCAAAAAAAAUCUCUCCUUUUGCAUAGAUAGAUUCCCUCUUCGUUUCCCCUCUCUGAUAUUCCGUUCAACGCUCAGGCUAAUAGACUCCGUCAUCGUCCAGGGGAUCUUACAGUGUCUUUGGAAGAUCUUCCAGAGAAGAAGAAGGAAGAAAAGUGUCUCGAUCAGGGGCUGUUGAUGUGGGGUUUUGCGCUGAGCAGUUGAAGUUGUGUCUUUUUGUGUGUGUGUGUGUGUGUGUCUUCAUAAAGGAUCAAGUUUAUGUGUGGUUGAUGGUUGCGUAUGUCUCUGUAUGUAGUAGAUUCGUGUUCUAGAGCUUACGAUGGGUGGUUGCGUAAGUUCUAGACAUAAUAAUAAUAAUAAUCGAAGAAAGUCUACAGUAGUGAAAGAGUCACCGGUGAAACGUUCAUUGCGGUUUGAUACGUCGAGGAGGAUAGAUGAUUGGAUCCAACCUCAAGUUGUCUUUGAUAGAUCAAGUAGCAGGAGGAGAGACGCCAAAGAUAAUAAGUUCACUGAAUCCGAAAUCAUGUUGAGCAGCUCCGAUAGGUAUUACUACGAUCAUCAGGUUGAGAAGAUACCUGAGUUAGCUGAUCAUGACCAAGAACUGAGAAGCGGGGCCUCGAGUGCUGCUUUGAAACCACCAGAUUUGGAGAUUGAUCUAAAGGUCGUAGAACCGAAGAAGCUAGAUAGAUGGAAUAGCCUUGACUCCAGAGUUCGGUUGACUGAGUUCGAAAAGUUGAGUUCCAAAAGGCUGUCUGAUCAUCAUCAUCAUCAGAUUGACAAGGAACAAGCUCUUGUUCCUCGGGAGUUAACUAAGAACCUGAGUGUUUCUCCUGUUCCAAAGGACACAGAGUUGAAGCAAAUCUCAGCAGGUUGGCCUACAUGGCUAGUCUCCGUUGCUGGUGAGGCAUUAGUUGAUUGGGCUCCACGUCGAGCAAGUACCUUCGAGAAACUCGAGAAAAUUGGGCAAGGAACGUAUAGCAGCGUCUACAGAGCACGUGACCUCAUCCACAACAACAAGAUCGUCGCCCUCAAAAAAGUCCGGUUCGAUCUCAACGACAUGGAAAGCGUCAAGUUCAUGGCGAGAGAGAUCAUAGUAAUGAGACGUCUCGAUCAUCCCAACGUCCUCAAACUCCAAGGACUCAUCACCGCCCCUCUUUCCUCCUCCCUCUACUUAGUCUUCGACUACAUGGAUCAUGACCUCUUAGGCCUCUCUUCCCUCCCCGGUCUCAACUUCACAGAGCCUCAGGUCAAGUGUUACAUGAGACAACUACUAAGCGGGCUUGAACAUUGUCACAGCCGUGGUGUGCUUCAUCGCGAUAUUAAAGGAUCAAACCUUUUGAUUGAUGGUAAUGGAGUUUUGAAGAUAGCUGAUUUCGGUUUAGCGACGUUUUUCGACAAGGAUAAAACUGUUCCGUUGACUAGCCAUGUUGUCACUCUUUGGUACCGACCACCAGAGCUUUUGCUUGGAGCCUCUCGUUACGGUGUUGGUGUUGAUCUAUGGAGCACAGGUUGCAUCUUAGGUGAGUUGUACGCUGGUAAACCGAUCCUACCUGGCAAAACCGAAGUAGAACAGUUGCAUAAGAUCUUCAAGCUGUGUGGUUCACCAACGGAAGGUUACUGGAGAAAACAUGAGUUACCACCGUCUUCAGCUGGAUUCAGAAGCGCUGUUCCUUAUAGAAGGAAGUUAUCAGAGACGUAUAAGGAGUUUCCCGAGAGUGUUCUUUUGCUUCUGGAGACGUUGCUCUCCGUAGAUCCUGAUCACCGUAGCUCUGCGAGUAGUGCACUUGAGAGUGAGUACUUUAAAACCAAGCCGUUUGCUUGUGAUCCGUCUUGUCUACCAAAGUAUCCACCUAGUAAAGAGAUUGAUGCUAAAUUGCGGGAUGAAGAGAAAAGGCAACGACCUGAGAAACAAGAAAGGCAAGACUCUCUGGGGAGAAGAUCACACGAGAGAAAAGCUAUCCCACCACCGAUCAGAGCAAACCACUCUCUAUCAAUGUCAAUGGAUAGACCAUACCUAGAUUUGAAGAGCAGAAACGAGAGUUUCAAGUCGUUUAAGGAAGAAAGGACUUCUCAUGUCCCCCCAGUUCCUGAUUAUCCAAAUAUGCAAACUAGAAACAAUCAAAGCAAUGAGAGAGUUUCAUACUCGGGUCCAUUGAUGAGCAACGGGAAGAUGGGUAAGUCAACAAUGUAUGUGAAGGAGAAUGCACCUCCUCCUAGAUAUCCUCCAUCUAGAGUAAACCCGAGGGUUUUGUCAGGCUCAGUCUCCUCCAAGGCGUUAUUAGAUCAGCCAGUUACUAAUCAAAGAAGAAGGGAUAGACGAGCGUACAAUAGAGCUGAUACUAUGGAUAGUAGACAUAUGACGAUACCAAUCGACCCAUCUUGGUAUGAUCCUAGUGAUAGCAAGAUUUACACGUCCGGAAGACCGUUGUUGGAACAGCCAAGCAGAGUGGAUCAGAUGCUUGAGGAACAUGACAGACAGAUCCAGGAAUUUAAUAGACAAACACAGAAGGCGCGAGAAGGCAAAACUGGCACAUGAUGUAAACGAAUCAUCAAACUAGACACUGGACUUUGUACUUGGAAGCUACAGUUGAGUAAGGUUUAAGAUCUGUCAUUAGAAUUUCUGUUGGUUCAUAUAUUUGUGACUAUACCAUAUGUUAGUCACACUUGGCUUAAGCUGCCGAUUGUUUGAUUAGUUUCUUGUAUUUAAGAUGUGUAAUUAUAGAGACUGAUCUGUGUAAAUUACAUAGUGAGAUUGUCCUUCACAUAUGAUAAAAAGAUUUCCGAGUGUC